AUGGGUAAAGGAAAACGUCAGAAAAUUCCUUCUAGCAGACUCAAGGGCUUUGUGACGCAUACAGUACGUGAAAAUAGUCCACCUUCCACUCAACCUAUACAAUCAUCAUCCUCAGGUACACCUUAUCCUUUGACAUAUUAUAUUAGUUGUGAUCAUUUUUCUGCUAUGCAUAGAAAAUAUCUUGCAGCUAUAACGGCUGGGAAUGAACCCAAAAGCUUCAAAGAAGCUAUGAAUCAUCCAGGAUGGAAAAAAGCCAUGGAUGAAGAAAUACGAGCUCUAGAGGAACAAGGAAUAUGGGAAUUGGAGGAAUUACCACCUGCUGUUGCAGCAGUUAAGAAUUGGGAAGUGCGUCAAAUGGAUGUUCAUAAUGCAUUUUUGCAUGGAGAUUUUGAGGAAGAAGUGUAUAUGAAGAUACCUCUAGGAUUUGCCAAAGGAAAUUCCAAUUUGGGAAGGAUGCAGCUUAAUGUCUUAGUGUAUGUUGAUGAUUUGAUUGUGGAAGAAUUUCCUAUGGAGACGAAUCACCAACUGGCAUUGGCAAAAGGGAAUAUACUUGCUGAUGUGGAAAAAUAUAGAAGAUUAGUUGGCCGUUUGAUUUAUCUGUCAGUUACAAGACCAGAUCUGGCUUAUUCAGUACACAUUUUAUCACAAUUUAUGCAACAACCUAGAAUGGAGCAUUGGGAAGCAGCAUUUCAUGUGGUUAGAUACUUGAAGAAGUGUCCAGGACAAGGAAUUUUGUUGCGUUCUGAUAGUGGUCUUAGUUUAAAAUAUGGUGUGAUUCAGAAUGGGCAAGCUUUCCAUUGA